AUGAGCUUUGAGGUCCCUUCCAAUCCAAACUGUUCUAUGAUUCUAUGACAUGACCUGUGUGACCAUCAACUUGACUGACAGGAUAUUAAAUGUUGCUGCAAAUGGGUGCUAUAGUCAGGAGUCUGAAGGAAGAUGCUGUACUUCUGCGGAUGCCUAUCUAUGUGAGAGAGUUAGUAUUGAAGAAAACAUCUCUUAGCUUUGACUACCAGUUUGGUAAGGAUGGGAUCAUCCUCUUGGUUUGAUAUGCAUAAAGUACUGUGUAAAGAAGCUGGGGCUGUCAGCCACAAAGAGAAUGGUUUAAGAGUGAUCAUCACUGUAAUAGAACUUUGCAGAAAACACUAUGAAUGAGCUCCUUGGCUGGUAUGGUUACGAUAAGGUUGAAUUGAAAGAUGGAGAAGAUAUUGAAUUCAGGAACUACUCAGCAGAUGGGGAAAGCCGCCAGCACAUUUCUGUUCUUAAAGAAAAUUCUUUGCCAAAACCAAAAUUACCUGAGGACAGUGUUAUUUCACCGUACAAUAUAAAUCCAAGCUACCCAGGGCUUGCCACAGGAAAUGGACUAUCAGACUCACCAGCAGGGUCGAAGGAUCAUGGGAAUGUACCGAUUAUUGUCCCAUUAAUUCCACCACCUUUCAUAAAGCCACCAGCAGAAGAUGAUGUGUCAAAUGUACAAAUAAUGUGUGCCUGGUGCCAGAAAGUUGGAAUCAAGCGCUAUUCCCUGAGUAUGGGAAGUGAAGUGAAAUGCUUCUGCAGCGAGAAGUGCUUUGCAGCUUGCCGAAGAGCAUAUUUCAAGAGAAACAAGGCUAGAGAUGAAGAUGGACAUGCUGAAAAUUUUCCCCAGCAGCACUAUGCUAAGGAAACUCCAAGACUUGCCUUCAAGAAUAACUGCGAACUACUUGUAUGUGACUGGUGUAAACACAUAAGACACACAAAAGAGUAUCUGGAUUUUGGGGACGGGGAAAGAAGGCUUCAGUUCUGCAGUGCAAAAUGUCUCAAUCAGUACAAAAUGGACAUUUUCUACAAAGAGACACAGGCCAAUCUUCCAGCUGGACUGUGCAGUACAUUACAUCCUCCAGUCGAAAAUAAAGCAGAAGGCACUGGGGUGCAGCUGCUGACUCCAGAUUCUUGGAAUAUACCGCUAGCAGAUGCUCGGAGAAAAGCCCCAUCCCCAGCGUCUGCAGCUGGCCAAAUUCAAGGUCCUGGACCAUCAGCGUCUACCACUGCCUCUCCGUCUGACACUGCCAACUGCUCUGUCACUAAAAUCCCCACGCCAGUUCCCAAACCUAUUCCCAUCAGUGAGAAUCCAAAUAUUCCACCAGUUUCUGUCCAGCCACCUGCUAGCAUUGUGCCUCCAAUUGGUGUCCCACCUCGCAGUCCUCCCAUGGUAAUGACAAACCGUGGGCCAGUUCCUCUGCCCAUUUUCAUGGAGCAGCAAAUUAUGCAGCAAAUCCGUCCACCAUUUAUUCGCGGGCCGCCUCACCAUGCCUCAAAUCCUAACAGCCCUCUGUCAAAUCCAAUGAUUCCUGGAAUCGGUCCGCCACCAGGUGGCCCCAGAAAUAUGGGUCCGACCUCUAGCCCCAUGCACAGGCCGAUGCUUUCCCCUCAUAUCCAUCCCCCCACAACACCUACCAUGCCUGGGAAUCCUCCCGGCUUAUUGCCGCCUCCCCCUCCCGGAGCUCCUUUGCCCAGUCUUCCCUUUCCCCCUGUCAGCAUGAUGCCAAAUGGUCCUAUGCCUAUGCCCCAGAUGAUGAACUUUGGAUUGCCAUCCCUUGCCCCGCUGGUGCCACCCCCGACUCUACUAGUGCCAUAUCCUGUCAUUGUCCCUUUGCCUGUCCCUAUCCCCAUUCCCAUUCCCAUCCCUCACAUCAACGACUCCAAACCCCCCAAUGGCUUCUCCAGCAAUGGUGAAAGCUUCAUUCCGAGUACCUCCAAUGAAACAUCUGGGGGAAAGCCAAGCAAUAGCUCUUCAUCCCCCCGAGAGUCGAAGCAAGGAUCAUCCAAAUCCUCUGACUCGUCACCGAGCUGCUCAGGCCAGUCCCUAAAUCAAGCUCAAGUGCUUCAGGAGCACAGUAAAAAUGAAGUUGUUGACUUGACUGUCAGACCUAGUAGUCCAGUGAACAGUAAAUUUGGUUUCCCCAGUGUGCUACAGGGUCCACAGGACGGUGUGAUAGACCUAACAGUAGGCCACCGGUCUAGGCUGCACAAUGUUAUCCACAGGGCUUUACACGCCCAAGUGAAAGUUGAACGUGAACCUAACAGUGUUGUAAAUCUGGCUUUUGGUAGCUCAGACAAAAGGAACUGCAGCGACUGCAGGGACAACUGCAGCCCAGUUGACUCAAAAACGUUACCGUGCAGUGACGGAGCUCACUGCUGUCCCGUCUCCUUGGCCUCCGGCACGCUGGGACUGGAAGCUGGUGCAGCGGUGUGCAACGUCAUUGUGAAUGGCACGAAGAGCACAGAGGGUUCCAAGAACCCGGAGCCGCCCCAGGAGCUGAAAAAGCCCCAGCCCCCGGAGGAGCUGGCCGUGAGCGAGCUGGAGUCUGUUAAGGAGAACAACUGCGCCUCAAACUGCCACCUUGAGGGAGAUGCUGGCAAGAAGGCUGGGGAAGAGCCCCUUGCUGGGGGAGACAAACAGGACCCGAACCUUAACAAUCCAGCAGACGAGGACCAUGCAUAUGCUUUGCGGAUGCUGCCCAAGACAGGUUGCGUGAUCCAGCCUGUGCCAAAACCAGCAGAAAAGACUGCUAUUGCACCGUGCAUUAUCUCAACACCAAUACUCAGCACAGGGCCAGAGGAUCUGGAGCCACCAUUGAAAAGGAGGUGUCUCCGAAUUCGAAAUCAGAAUAAGUAAAGGAACGCUCGCCGACAGGGUACCUUGCAUGGAGAAAGGGAGCAGAGCAAACCACGUCACUCCACCGAAUGACACCAGCUGGUCCGCUCACCACCCCCUCUGGAUAAAAGUCCAGCAAUGAAAGCAGCUUCCUGUCAUGAAGCCCCUCCGAGGAAGCCUCAGUCCCACGGGUGCCUUUGACCCAGAAGACAGCACAUCAUGGACCCACACAGUGUGCUCAGCAUUCCUGCGACCACCCCUCUUCUCCUCCAAGGAACGCUUUUUGCCUCUUGGUUUCUUGCUAGGGGGGAUUUUCACCCUGGUUUCAAAAACCACACGGACCAACAUAGGUACUUUUCCCUCUCUGACUUCAAAGUUCAGAUAUUUGAGACUGGACAAUGAUACAGAUUUUUUUUUUUUUUUAUUUUUUUUUUUUUUCCUUUGAAAAACUGCUGUGGUUUUGCUGCUACACUAAGAAUCGUGAUUUGCAUUGUAUGGUUUUGGACCUAUUCAAGUUUUGAUGGGGGAAAGGGGUAAUACUGGAGUAGCAACGCUUCAGAGUCAUCUCUGUCCUACCCAUGAUGCACUUUUAAAUGAAGAGUUAGAAUAUUUUAUUGGCUAAUAUACUUUCCUUGUUAUUUUUUACAAAGGCCACCUUUAUCCUUUCUAAUGCCAUAUUUUCAGUGUUACACUUUUAUGGCUUUUAAUUUUUGAUUUGACAGAUGUAAGAAGCAGCAUGAAUAGUUUAUACUGUGGUUUUUCAGAGACUGAAUGCCAAGAGAACUCAGUAAAUGUUUAUUCUUCUCAGCUUUCUCUUUAAAUUCCCCUAAAUAGUGCCCCAUUUGGGAACAGAGCAAGAGUGUUGAACUAAAGACCAAAAUUCCCUCAAGGUGUAAAAUAAUCUGAGGGGAAUAUUUGCUGGGCGUCACGAAAGACUUGGAUGAAAUUUCAACCCUGAUGGUUUUCAGUGAUCCAGGAAGGCAGUGAGACAAUCUCUCCAUAUGCAUAGCCCUUUCAUGAUAAUUAGAAUGGUAUGGACAAACCAAUGAAAACAAGGGUAAAGUGAGAAAGAUCCCCCAUGAUUCUGUUUCACUGUUUGCUUUCUCCUGUCAUGGUUAAGAGAAAUGUGCAAUUCGAUCCUCAAUCAGUGGGUGGAGGAUAACAGGGUAGAAUUUACUUGUGUGCACUUGUACAGUUGUAGCCAAGAGUCCAAAAGUACACUAGAGCAUGUUAUACUGGCACUGAAUUGGUAAGAGAGUUGUGGAGUAUCCCAUUCUGACAAAUAGAAAAAAACAAAAAAAAAAAAAAAAAGGAAAGAAAAAGAAAAGAAAAAACAUACAAAAAAAAACCACAAAAGAAAAAACCCACAAAAAAAUAACAAACAAAAAAAUAAAAAAAAAAUCAGAUCACCUUGUGAUUCAGUGUAACUGUUUACUAACUCGAAUAAAGCAAUUGUUCACUCUCGAGUGUUCAGAGUACACCUUUUCUAUAAGGCUCCUGCGGGGAAGUGGGGAGCAGUGUGCAGGAGCAGUGUCUCUGCCCGUGUCAGCAGUGUUGGGAGCAGGGUAGCAGAGCCAGCUGAACCAGAGCCUUGUAGUGAUGGUGCACUAUGAGCACUAUGUAUAUACUGUAUUUCUAUAUUUUCCUUUGUACAGAUUCACUUAAGUCAAGCUACUGUUUUACAGGUGCUCCUUAUUUAUUAGAGCUGUGAAAGCUUGGAAAACACACCGGGCGAGUAAGCUCGCUUUUUAAAAAAACAAACAAACAAAAAAACAACAAAAAAAAGAAAAAAAGGGAGGGGGGAGGGGGAACCCAACAACUCCUGAGCCUGGGGAGAGAGCUCAAACAUCUUCAAGAGAGCAAGAAUCUGAAGCACCCUCAGUGUGCUCUGCUUUCCUUUUGGGCUUGCAACGCUUUUCUCUCUCCCUGACUGGUGUCAGAUUUAUUAAAACAAAAUAAAUCUCCAAGAAAAAAAAAAUGCACUUAAAUGUGCUGUUGUUUUAUUCUUAUUCUUUUAAUCUUUUUUGUGCAUGUGGUUAUUCAUUCCUCUACCUGCCUGGUCAGAGACCAAACAAAACUCAGCCUGAAGUGUCAGAAAAAUAUGUGUAAGUGUUCUUGAAGGCUGUACCUAUGUCCCUUCCAUUUUCGUACUUCUUAUGUUCUGCAGUGUUUAAGGCACGGGGAAGGGGGAACCCCACAGCUCACAGCAGAGUUAUGUCCUGCCUUAGAGAAGAGCCCUGGACGGAUGCACUAGCUGCAGCUUCAUUCAUUUCGUGGGGAUCUGUGCAAGCAGAGUUAGCUCAUGCUUCAUUUGGGGCUGUGUACGGAGCGUGUUCUGCCUGCCUUUUGUAAGGCUGGAAGUUUUCUCUGCAUGAACUCCCCCUGAAAUCAAGCCUAGGUUCUUCAGAGCACCAAAAUCCUCCCAAAUGCCCCCAAAACUCUGCAACAGGAACAGAUUUGCAGACCUGAGCUGUCUUGCACAAUAGCUCUUGCUUCCCAGCCCUUGGCCAGCACUGCUGAUGGAGGGGUUUGCAAUGUCCGGUGAGCUCUGUAACUAUUUGACUGCUUCCAUUAACCAGCCAUGUAAGGCAAUCAACAGUGUAAGUGUGCCUGCUUGGAAGGGCAUGUAGAGCAGAGCUUGUCUCCCUAGUAAACAGCUUGCUGCAUCUCUAUUUAUUCAUUUGAACUUGGCUGUAAAAUGAAGGCCGUGUGUAUUGAUUUUGCUUUUGUCAAUGGUCCAGAAUUGUUAGCACACAUUUUCACUCUCCUGAAAAACAACAGACUCUUUAGAGAAAUCUUUCUCUCUCAUGAACUGCUUUUCCCAGAAAUGGAAUCAGCUUGUCAAAAAUCAUCAGGACAGCAGAGGUAGAGAAAGCAAUCCAGGCUGGAGGUGGCUUCACGCAUUUCCAGUGCUCACAAACUUACCUAAGCUUUCUUGAAAAUUUGCCCACCUUACACUUUCUUAACAACAUACCCCAAAAUUCACAAUUGGAACAACUGCUUUGGACAGUUGAAUCAGUUCAUUGUUUGCUAUUUAAAAAAUAUCUCCAGCUGCAUAUCUGGGGAGAAAUAUCCAAGUACACAUAAACCUUCAGCAAAAUGCAGACCAAAUGGUACAAUACAUUAUGCAAAAGAAACCUGCUUUAUUUUUGAGGCCAAAUCCAUCCCUCGUACAAUGCCAGCAAAAUGAAUGGGAUUACACAAAGGAUGUAAGAAGGUCCUUUGCAAUUAACGGGAACCCAGCAAAGGCUUGCAGAACAGUGCUCGCUCGCUGCUGACAUUAUUUAUUACGCACUAAGACCUAAUAGUCAAGCCAAGCUCUUUCCUGGAGAACUAGCCAUCAAGGAGCCAGACAAAGAAAAGCCUGGUGCAUUGGGAGAUACACAGGAAGGUUCCUGCGUGCAAUGGCAAUCACUCCAGCUCUUGCACAAGUACAGUUCUCAGAUGCAGAGGCUGUCUUCAUGAACGCAGAGAGUAAGCUUUGCCUUGGGUCUCUAAGCAGCCAGCCCUGCAUGCAUCCCUUCACACUGCCAGGGCAGAGGGGGAGUUUGAUAAGAUCAGGCUGCACAGGUCCUUCUGUUGGCACCGAAUUCUCGCUGUCAGCAGGAAUUUUGCCCUUGUGAUGGGGGGGUCUGCGUGCUGCAAGCACUGCAUUAAUUGCCUCCUGUGUUGUUUUAGAUGAUUCUGAGGGCUUCAUUUUUUUAAGAACUACAACACAUGUCCGUAUCUGAGUGGCUCAAUUCUGCGGACAAGAAGGUCCCUCAACAUGAAAACAUUUCAUGCUUUUUCCGUCCUAAAUGACAGAAAUAAAUUUGCUUUGUUCAAGUAA